GAUCACAUUUGAACGGUCACUAGGCCCUAAACCUAAAGGCUCUGAGCUUUUUAUUACAAUUUUUUGUAUCAGUCAGGACGAUAAAACAUUGAAAAUCAAUGAUGGCAACAAAUGAAGAUGCUUGUUCGGAUGAUUUGAAUUUUGUUCCUGCUGGUGAAAGUGGGGCAAUAUCAGGCACAGAAUCUGCAAGUAAGAACUCAUCUUGUGUGCUAUGUGGAACCAACAUACCUGUAUCAGACCAGGCUGGAUGUGAACCUGGAAGAGUGGACAUAUUUGGAAGGUUAUCACCUGCCUAUGACAUCAUUGUUAUUAAUAAGAUGGCUGCUGUGACAGGCUGCAGUGCUGCCGACCUGCACAGCCGCGGUAAUCACAUCUGUACCAGCUGCCACGACCGCCUCCUGAAGCUGCACUCCAUGGAGAUGACAGUAGACCGGGAGCGGGCGCUGCUCUCUGAGCAGUACCGCCGCCGGUGCGCGCCCGCCGCGGACCGGCCGGCUCCGCAGUCCGGCGCCAGCCUGCUGCUCGUGGACGACAUGGAGGUGCGUCUGCAGGACGACCAGGUGACGGCCGUGCCGCUCACCACCACCCGGCGCCGGCAGCUGCUGCGGCAGGCGCGCAGCUCAGAGCGCCGCUUCGAGUGCAAGGACAGUCACGAUGCGUCCGUCACCCUCUGAGGAGGUGUACUCGGUACGGUUCAGCCAGGACAGCAGCGCCUUCUGCUGCGCCCUGGCCUCCGGGGUGCGGCAGUACAACCUGGAGCCGCUGGCCGAGCUGGCCGCGCACGGACCGCUCCGGUUCGGCAGCAUCGGCGUCUGCGAGAUGCUGGAUCGGUCGAACCUGUUGGCGGUGGUGGGCGGCGGCGCCACGCCCCGGUUCGCCGACAACACGGUGCUGAUCCAUGACGCGGCUCUGGACCAGUUCGUACUGGAGCUGACCUUUAGCGCCCCGGUGCUGGCCGUCAGGAUGCGCCGCGACCGGCUCAUCGUGGCUCUGAGGCGUCAGGUGCACGUGUUCACGUUCCCGUCUCCGUGUGAGUGUCUGUUCACGGUGGAGACGGCCGACAACCCGCUGGGUCUCUGCGAGGUCAGCCCGCUCUCCACCAGUGACCACCACCUGCUCUGUUUCCCGGCGCGCAAGACGGGAGCCCUGCAGCUGAUCGACCUCUCGGCCACCGAGGCGCAGGUCUCGUGUGCGCCGGUCACCAUUAACGCCCACCAGGGCCACCUGGCCGCGCUGGCCAUCAACCAGCAGGGCAGUCUGGUGGCCACCGCGUCCCGGAAGGGCACGCUGAUCCGCGUCUGGGACGUGGCGCAGCGCUGUCUGGUGGCCGAGCUGCGGCGCGGCUCCGACACGGCCGUCCUCCACUGCAUCGCCUUCAGCGGCGACAGCACCUACCUGUGCUGCAGCAGCGACAAGGGCACCAUUCACGUGUUCGCCGUGCGCGAUCCGGCGCUGAACCGGCGCUCGGCGCUCAGCCGUGUCGGCCUGCGCGGACGCUACCUGGAGUCGCAGUGGGCGCUGGCCACCUGCACAGUGCCCGCCGAGCGGCCGUGCGCCUGCGCGUUCGGCGCCGCCGGCACCGUGUACGCCGUCUGCCUGGACGGCACGUUCCACAAGUAUGUGUUCACGGCGGACGGCAGCUGUAACCGGGAGGCGUACGACGUGUAUCUGGAUGUGUGUGGCAAAAAUGACUUCUGAGGAAUGGCAAGGAAGAGGAGAAUUCGGAUCGUAUGUGGGUUGGGUGAUGCUUAUAUCGUGUACCUACACUGCGAAGACAAUAGUGGAAAGUGCAAAAUACCCCAUCCUGUACUAAGUGUGGUAAGUAUGUUGAAGAUUAGUUGUUGGGUAAAGAACGCCCUAUAUUUGAGCAUGACUGUGGAAUGGGGCUGGAACAUGCAUAGUGUGGCAAAGUGCUCAGUGAAACUGCAGCAAGUACCAGGCCGGCUUGCCUGUUGCACGAAGAGAGUGUUGAAUAUGCUACCAUCAGAGGACAUUUUACGAUCGAAUGGUCUUUCGCGAACGUCUGCCAGUUGUAAGUACGUGGGCUGUGUGCUUUAACCGUGUGGCGGGAUUUUGUCACUGCCAGCUAGGUGGGAAUUUUAGGCAACUGGGCUGGGUCAGGCGGAUUCAAUCGGGGCUGAAUGCUGAUAGCGUGGUGAGUAGGUAAUGAACAAUUUGGCACACAUGCUGAUUGGUGUGCUUUGAGUGUUAGAUAUUUGGGUAUAACUGCGGAAUUAUUCCAGGGAACAGUGCGAAUUUGCGAGUCUUUCCUAUUUUGUGUGAGCCCCCUGAUCUUAUCACGUAAGGGGAGGUGAGAUCACGCGUUUACAUGCACACUGCCUGCAAUAAGAUGGCUUUCGUCGUUUCGUCAUUUCGACUAACAUAGCUUGUGUGAAAGUUGUCCUCGUAUGAGCAUUCAUAUAUCUAUUGUUUCGUUUUCGCACGCAAGUUUAACCAGUUUUAGGUUAGUUGUUGAGUUUGUGGUGAGUUCUAGUCGAAAUGCCGCACUCGAUUCAGUUGUUUGAUAGUUGUCCUGCUGUGUAGUCACUGUUCCAUCGAAUUGCCGAACAGGAAGUACCCACACCGGAGAGUUCCGGUUUUAUUUGUGAAACAAUUACACGCCGGCCCGGCAUGGUACUUUGUAAGGAAUACGCCGUAUUAUAGUUGUACGUAUUUUCGCGUAUAUCAUAAGCAAGCCUAUCAUCAUAUUUUUAUCGUCGCCUGCGCUGAAAAUAAAACAUCUACGAAUCUAUU